UGUGCCUCCUCAGUCUUGACUGCUUGACUGGUGUUUUCCCUUCUGUACUUCUUAAGUCCACCCUCCUGCCACACCUCUUCCCUUUCUCUCCCUCUCUCACUCUUCCACUCUCCCUCUCUCCACUGCUUUUCCAUCCCUCCCUCUCACUUGCCUUCCAUCGUUGCUGUCAGCCUGAGCUAUGGGGCUCUGGGUUUGUAUCAUAUGUUAGAUAAUCCCUCACUGCUUGCCUGACCCCGCACUGGGACUCUCUCUGCCUUGUGCUCGCUCAAGUUGCUCUCGGCGAGUUCAGCGGCCAUGGCGGACUCCCCCCUGAACAACUCCUGGCCAUCUUUCUCCAAGCUCUGGAUGAAACGAUGGUCCUUCAAAAGAGGGUCAGAAGGUAAGCCAUGUGCCCCACCUUCAACCCUGGGCUCGGGGACAGAGUCUUCCUCUUCCCUCUCUCCUUCAUCCAUCGCAGAGGAUGUUUUCUUCACUAGCCUGACAGAGGAGCAGAGUCCCAGCUCAACAGAGAGUGACUAUGAGAACCCAGGGCAGGACGUGGACAGCAGCACAGAGGACCUCCUCAAUCUCGACGCGUCUCUAAGAGACUCUGAGUUCUUCAGGGACCUUCAGCCCGAGCCUGUGACCAGCCAGACGCCGCCCACAGCUCUGUCCAUCGUCAUCACCCCCGUAGGCGAGCACACGCUCAGCCCGACACUGCACGUGUACCAGAUAGUAGAUCAGGGCUCUCAUACGACAGACCCUGCAGUGUCCAGCUACAGCCAGCUCCCCUGGAAGUUCAGCAGCAGAAUGGAGCCACAGCACAGCGACUCGGAGCAGCCCACCGUCACGGUCAAUACCACAGUGCAGCUGGGGGACCCCGAGGCUCGUGAGGCUCCUGAGGCCCCUGAGCCCCAGGACUGCUCAGACUCAGACAACAUCCCCAUGCUGGUGCGCUCCAUGUCCACGUCCCGCAGACACAGCUGGGAUAUGCCGAUUUCCCCCAUAGACUUGGGCAGAAGACUUAGUCUCGACACCGCCGGAAUAGACAGUGAUGCGGAAAGAGAAGAGUCAACACACCAGCAGCUAUUUGUUUACCCAGAAUGCUCUGAGGACAACGUUGGAAAUGACGCUGAAUUUCAAACGGAAUCUGACAGUACUGGGAGGACCCUGUGUGCAAAAUCUGACAUGCUGGCAUCAGAUGAGAGGUCUAGGGCAGCACGUGUGUCCCGAAUCCUGGAAACUUCAAGCCAGGCUGCCAAGGCCUCUGGAGAGGAGCAGGACUUAGAGGACCGUCUCCAGUCUGAAGAGGGACAAAGUCAUCUGCUGAUGGUACAGAAAGUUCUCCAAGAGCUUAAGCAGUACCAUGGUGCCAAGUCCAAGAAUAGGAGCUCUGACCAGAAACAGUGUGGAAGUGUCACCUGGUAUGAAUUCCUCUCAAAUGAACCUGAAGAGGAAGAAGAAAAGACCGAGAAAUCCGAGAAGGGUACAAAAGUCAAGCGGACACUGAGCUCGCUGAGGAACCGAGUGACCGGCUCCUUCAACAAAGACAAGGGUAAGAAUCGGGAGAAAGAGAGAGAGCAGCAGAAAGAGAGGGGGAAAGAGAGGGAAAAAGACAGAGAAGAGAAAGAAAGGGGGAAAGGGCGCCGAGGCAGCACUAGUGGCCACCAGCUUGUGCCUGGCUCUUUCUCCAACUGGGCCACCUGCUCACUGUGCAGCAAGACUCUGCAGGGGAAGCAUGGCAUGCAGUGUCUGAACUGUGCUGUGAACGUCCACAAGAGCUGCAAGAGUCUGCUGGCAGAGUGUAGCAGCAAUAAACACAAGUUCAGGGAAUCGGUGAAGACCAGUGGCUCAGCACAAACCAUCAAGGACCAGCCCUGCUCCGGGACCGCAUCCCACCAGCACCACCACCACCACCACCACCACCACCAGCCGUCUCCCCAGCAGCAGCAGCAGCAGCAGACGACGACGACUCUGCAUCCCUGGGCCGCCGAUGGCUCCUGCCGGCCUCCACGCGCCCCAGGCAUGACCAUCACCCCGCGAGGACCGAGCGCCACUGCCAGCAACUCCUCCCUCAGCCACUGCAGCAGCUCAGGAUCUCUUCCAGGAGAGAUGGAUGAAACGGAAGGCAGAAUUAAGCGAUUCGCCGAGGACGCAGUGUCCCUGGCCCCCUCCACCACCGAGUCCAUCAUCGUAGACGAAGACUACUUUGCUGGGGUGCGACUGGACCUGGAGGCUGACGCACAGGACUAUGAGCUGGAGUCGUGGAGCCGGGCCAUGGAUCAGCAGUAUCUCAAGACCCAUUCCAAAGAGGCUAUCAAACGGCAGGAUGUCAUAUAUGAGCUGAUCCAGACAGAGGUGCACCACGUACGGACGCUGAAGACGAUGCUGCGUGUGUACCUGCACGAGCUGAGGGAUGCGCUGCAUUCACAGGAGCGCCGUCUCUUCCCUCGACUGGAAGGGCUGCUGGAGCUGCACACGCACUUCCUGUCCCGCCUCAAGGAGCGCCGCAGUCAAUCGCUGCAGCCAGGCAGCGACCUAAACUACACCAUAGCCCGACUGGGAGACAUCCUCGUGUCUCAGUUUUCUGGUGAGAGUGGGGAGAGGAUGAAGGAAUGCUACGGUGAUUUCUGCAGCCACCACAGCGAAGCCGUCAGCUUCUACAAAGAGCAGCUGCAGAGCAACAAGAAGUUCCAGAACCAGAUACGGAAAAUUGGAAACUUGUCCAUCGUUCGUCGGUUAGGAGUCCCAGAAUGCAUCCUGCUGGUCACACAGCGGAUCACUAAAUACCCAGUACUGGUGGAGCGCAUUCUGCAAAACACAGAAGCGAGCACUGAGGAGCACGAGGAGCUGACGCGGGCCCUGGGCCUGAUCAAGGAGGUGAUCACGCAAGUGGACACGCAGGUUAGCGACUACGAGAAGGCGUCACGGCUGCGGGACAUUGCCACCAAACUGGAGCCCAAGUCGCACGGCAAGAUCAAAGAUGGGCGCGUGUUUCGCCGUGAGGACCUGUGCCAAGGCCGCCGCAGGCUCCUGCAUGAGGCCACCGUCAACUGGAAGGCCGCCUCUGGGAGGCUUAAAGACAUUUUGGCAGUCCUGUUGACAGAUGUCUUGUUACUGCUACAAGAGAAGGACCAGAGAUUUGUCUUCUCCACUUUGGACAACAAGCCGUCGGUGAUCUCACUGCAGAAGCUGAUUGUGCGGGAGGUGGCACACGAGGAGAAGGCCAUGUUCCUCAUCUGCGCCUCCUCCAAUGAGCCCGAGAUGUAUGAGAUCCACACCGCCUCCAAAGAGGAGCGCAACACCUGGAUGACUCACAUCAGACAGGCUGUGGAGAGUUGCCCUACCACCGAGGAGCGUCUCUUCAGCGAGGAAGAGGAGGCCCGAGCUGUCAGAUUCAAAGAGUUCCAAGAGCGUCUGAACGCUAAAGACUCACAGAUCAGCCAGAUCCUGACGGAGAAGCUGGAGCUGUUUGCGGACAUGGCCGCGUCAGUGGGAACUGUGGAGGACGCUGGCUCGCGCUCCCGCCUGCUGCUGCGCGGCGAUACCUCCGACCUCCAGCAGGGGGAGCAGCUGCUCAAGGGAGCAAUCACUGAAGUGGAGAACCUGCAGAACCUGCUGCUGUCCCGCGUGAGAGAACCUGCUCCACGGUCAGAAGAGAGCCAGGGCUCGGGCGUCCUCCCCAAGAGGGCGGACACGUUUGGGGGCUACGACAGCAGCCCCACCAUCCUGCAGAAGAACGGCAGCGUGAAGAAGACCAGUGGAGGCCUGAAGUCCAGAGAAAGGAGUCAGAGGGCCAGCUCUGACCCCCAGCUCAAGGAGCUCUGUGGCAGCCAGGGCCUGGAGGAGUCUUCUCCCCCCCUCUCACAGGUAGAUGGGUCCUCUCCAGCCAGCUGGAACCCAUCGUGGACCAGCUCCUUUCCCGAGGCUGAGACUGAUGCCUCUUCAUCUCUCUUGCAGCAGUUCCUCCACAAAGUGCUUCAUCUGUCCCAGAGGCUAUACAGUCUGCAGGCGAUCGUGGCGCAUCAGGACAGCCACCUGGAGCUGCAGCGGGCCUCGCUGAGCGAGCGCGAGCGCCCCGGGGGCGGGCGCCACCGCCUGGUCAACGUCCUGCUGGAGCAGGAGAAGCAGCGCAACCUGGAGAAGCAGCGCGAGGAGCUGGCCCACUUCCACAAGCUGCAGAGCCAGCACCGCAAGGAGCAGGCCAGCUGGGAGCGGGAGCGCGAGCGGCACCGGCGCCGCGAGGCUGACGCUGAGGCUCGGCUGCAGCGCCGCGAGGACGAGUGCCGGCGGCUAGAGGCGCGGCUGGCCGAGGAGCGCGAGGAGCUGGAGCGUCAGCGCCAGACCUACCAGGAGGACCUGGAGCGCCUGCGCGAGUCCACGCGCGCCGUCGAGCGCGAGAAGGAGCGCCUAGAGCAGCAGAAGAAGCUCAAGAAGCACAACACGCUGCCCAGCGUGCCCAGCGCCGGCCUGUUCGCCGGACAGGAGACGGGACAGCACCUCCCGCUGUCGUCCAGCUUUAACGGGGAGCUGCUGCUAGGCCUGGGGAUGACAGUGGACCUGGCACUGCCGCCCAAGCCCCUGGUGCGCUCCAGCCUGUCCAUCUCCCCGGCCGACUACCCCGAGCGGCCCGAGCUGAAGCCGACGACGGCGGGCAAGAGCUCGGAGGUGCCCAUCCACUUGAUCAGCACCACCAACCAGCUGCACAAGCAGGGCGCCGUCCAGCAGCAGAUCCCCACCAAGCUGGCUGCCCUCAGCAAGGGCAAGGAGAAGGGAGGCAAGGGCAAGGGCUCGCACCGCACCGAGAGCUCAGCCUCCGUGGACAUGAAGCAGAUGCUGCCCCUGAAGCUCUCCGCGCGGGACGAUGGCUCUCUGAGAGCCAAGCGCUCCAUCAGCCCCUGCCACCAGAUCCACAUCCAGCCUCCAGAACCAGUGAACCCUCCAGAAGUCUACUAUGAGCCCCCACCGCCUCCUCCACAGCCGAUCCACCCCAGCAUCACACACAGACCCCCAGCCAACUGCAGAAUCUGCCCCCACCCCCAUACAAAAUCACGGAGGAUGUCACCAAGGAGGAUGUCAUCUUCUUCUGAGGAUCCUGCAAGCCUCGUGCUUGUUGCAAUGCAUCCUGGGACCAAAGGGAGGCCCGGAGCCGUGUAAAGCACACAAGCACAUGCAUUUCAUUUCUUUUAAGAACAACUUUUUUUUUUUUUUUUUUUUUUUUAACUAGAGUUUUAUUCCUCCCCCAACUAAUGCCACAAACCAGACUUUGGAAAAAAAAAGAACAUUUUAAAAUCAAACGUUGAAUUUUGUGUGAAGACGAUGCAGGAAGAAAAAGAGAAACAUUUUUAGAUGUAGAUGUUUAAUAAGAGAUGAUGUCUGGCAGAAUCCAAAGACU